AUGGACCGCUUUGUCUACCCGCCCUACAGCGUAUACCAGAGUUAUGGGAGCACCUUCACCUCCAGCCACAACGUGGCCCCUAGGCCACCCCCCAAGCAAAAGCAGUCCAGCUGGAAGCAAAGCAAGAACAGCAGCACCCCCAACCCCUAUCGAGGGCCCCCACCCACCUCGGGCCUGCAGGAGACCUCGCCGGACUACCUCGACACCUACAAGCGGGCCCAGCUGAAGGCGCUGCUGUCGCAAGUCAGCCCAGGCCUCGGCCCGCGGCUCCACAAAGCCAGCACCAAAGAAGUGGGCGUCCAAGUGAACCCGCGGGUGGACGCCGCUGUACAAUGCUCGUUGGGCUCCCGGCCGCUCCAGGCCGUCCGGCCUCAGAGCCCUUCGGCCCGCCUCAGCCGGGAACCGCCGCUGCCGGCCAUCUACUCGCCCGUCCUGGGCCGCCGCUUCUUCACUUUGCCCGAAGCGGUGGUGGAACCCCAAGAGAAGGACGAAGCUCCUGCUUCACUCCAGCUCGCUGAGGAAGAGCCCGAGGAGAAGAAAAAAGCGGCGGAGGGAGAAGAGAACCGAGGCGAAGAAGCCGCCCCGCAGCAGGGUGGGAAGGGAGAGCCGGUCGAGAAGGGCGGCGGCGAAGGCAAGACCAUCUCGUUUCAGUUCCUGGAGCAGAAAUAUGGCUACUUCCAUUGCAAUGACUGUAAGACCAGAUGGGAGAGUGCUUAUGUGUGGUGCAUUUUUGGAACUAAUAAGGUUUACUUUAAACAGCUCUGUCGCAAAUGUCAAAAGGGCUUCAAUCCUUAUAAAGUGGAAGCAAUUCAGUGCCAGCUCUGUUCAAAGACUCGUUGUUCCUGCCACCAGAAGAAAAGGCAUAUUGACCUCAAGAGGCCCCACCGUCAAGAGCUGUGUGGCCGCUGCAAAGGCAAAAGACUGUCCUGCGACAAUACCUACAGCUUUAAAUACAUUGUCUAAUCUGUUUGCCUUCUUCUAAUUUGGUUAGUCUUACUUGGCACUAUGCACUUUGUUACUUGGUUUGACUUUAGGCUUAUGACCUGGCAUUGGAUAACGGAUUAAAGAUUUUUUGUA